AUGGGUUUUCUCCUUGGAGUCGCCCUCACGGCGCUCCUGGCGAGCUCUUCCGUUAAUGCUGGUUCUCUCAAGGAUAUCGAGCAUGUCGUGAUCUUCAUGCAGGAGAAUCGAGCCCAGGAUACGUACUAUGGUACGAUGGCAGGUGUUCGUGGCUUCGCCGACCCUAACGUUCAGAUCAACCCCGAUGGACAGUCUGUUUGGAACCAAACUGUCGAUCCCAGCAUGUCUGAUCGUUCCAGUGGUCUUUUCCCAUUUUACCUGGGUUGGAAAGGCGGCGAGACUCUGGAUGCCAUCCAGUGCAUGGCGGCCGGUGAUAACGGCUAUCAUGCUAACCAGGCUGCCUACAACCACGGUCUGAACAAUGCGUGGGCCACCAAGAACACACCUUGGAGCUGGGGCUACUACAAGCGCGAAGACAUUCCUGCCCAGUUUGCUAUCGCCGAAGGAUGGACUUCGGCCGAUAUGUAUCAGGAAUCGCAAAUCACUGCAACCAACCCCAACCGCGUAACUCUAGUCAGUGGCUCUAUAAAUGUCCCGGGAAGCCCUCAAUCGCCUGACCAGGGCGGUGUUUACAUUGACAACAAUGAAAUGCCCGGUUGUGAAAAGCCAGGUGUCAGCUGCUACCCGCUCAAGUGGAAGACCAUCUUCGAAUUCUAUGAGGAUGCUGGUGUCUCAUGGCAGCUGUACCAAGACACUAACAACUUUGACGACAACCCCCUGGCUUGGUUCCAGCAGUUUCAACAGGCUAAAAAGGGCCACCCUCUUGCUGAUAAGGGAAUGUCUUUUGUGGGACUCGACAAGUUCUACGAGGACGCUGCCAAUGGCACUCUUCCUAGAGUCAGCUUCAUUGUUGGCCCAACCGAACUCUCUGAGCAUCCUCCCUACCGGCCAAUGGACGGUGGCUGGCUACAGAAAAGAGUGACCGAUGCCGUGACAAGCAGUCCCAAGUAUUCUUCAACUCUGCUGAUGAUCAGUUUUGACGAGACUGGCGGCUUUGGUGAUCAUGUAACACCUUUCCACUCGCCCCAAGGCACAGCUGGAGAGUGGAUGACAGACCCAUAUGGAGACUUUGGUGACGUUUUUGCAGGACCCGGCUUCCGAGUUCCAUUCAUCAUGGUCUCUCCGUGGACUCGUGGUGGCCGUGUGUUCACUGAGCGCUGCGAUCACAACUCACAAAUUAUGUUCAUUGAGCAGUGGUUGACUGCUCUCGGCUACUCCGGUGUUCAAACCGACCAGAUGGUGCCAUGGCGUCGUGCUCACAUGUCGAACCUGAUCGGCGCUCUGGAUCUUGAUCACCCCGAUUAUUCUCUACCAAAUCUCCCGGAUAUCCCCGCUCCGGAGACCGAUGGGAAUGGCAACUUCGUGGGUACAUCGCGGUGCCAAUCGCGGCACAGCCAGACGCGCCCUCCGGUUCCAUACGGCGAGCAGAGUAAUCUUUCCGAUUCACUCUUUUUCGAGGAUGGCUUCAAGGAGGUUGUUGGAUAUCUGACUGAAGGCCGUUAUUUGGUCUUCAGUAAGAAUGGCUACGCCCUGAGAGGACACAACAAGAGAUGGGACCUUGACACAGGCAAGCCAGGUCACCUCUACGACAAAAAGGAGAACCGUUGGAUCCUACAUUACACCCAGGAUGAAGAGAGCGAGAUCUUCACGCUCGAGAAUGCACUUGACGGUCGCUGGCUCGGCCCUCGCGGAGAACUGCAAGCCUCGGAAGCCCGAAGCUCUGCUUCGCACAUCCGCAUUACUUUCCUCGGAAAUGGUCUGGGUUACACUCUGAGAUACGCCGAUAGUGGCGAGUAUCUUGACAUUGACAACUUGGGCAAUAUGGUCCUGCGAAAUUCAGACAGUGGAUUGGACCAGGGAUUCCAUGUUGUCAGCGUGACUUACCACGACUAA